AUGGCCAGUGCAGCCCUCCUGUCCUUACUGCCUUCAACCUUCGCGACUUUGGCAGCCUGCAAUACCACCGCCCUCAACACCACUGUGGGAUUAUACCCUAUUACCGUGGAAAAUACCACAGUCUUCGAUGUUGCCAAGGCCACUAACCGGGGCGUCUGCGACAUCGGCCGUCAAAACCUUAUGGCCGACGUGACGAUCAUCCCCAACGUCGGCCAGACUUUGAUCAUCCCCGCUGAGGUCUGCGAGCCCGAUAAUGAGACCUGCCUUCUCCCCAACAUCACCCGCACCCGUACUUGCAUCGACGGCGGUCCGCGUCUAUACUAUACCGUCAACGGGGAUACCCUCGACAUUGUCGCGAAACGACUGAACAUCACGACUGAGUCGCUCAUGAGUGACGAUACCAGCUUCUCGGCUGAUGAGGUGCUUGCUCCGGGUCAAUACCUCAAGGUGCCACUGUGUUCUCCAAGUGAGUGCGUGAUUCGGCCGUUCACGUUGGAGUAUGGUGUGUACAAGGACUAUGCAGACAAGUACAACACCACUGUGGGCCAGAUUAUGAUGCUCAGCCCAACCUACAACUACAGCACGUCGCCGCUGACUGGUGCUGGGCGUCCGUCAUUGGAUCUUCCGUACAAAUGUACGACUCUGUCAAGCAACAUCACUGUGCUGUCAUGA